AUGGUGCAGCAGAUACGCACGCCACUUUUCAUAUUAAAUGCUGCAUAUGAUUCAUGGCAGGAAAAGAUUUUGAAGAACAAGCAGACAGAAUAUUGUCAAUGUUGCAGGACACAAUUUCUAAAUGCACUGGCUGGGUUUGGGAGCUCUUCUUCUACAGGCAUGUUCAUAAAUUCUUGUUAUGCCCACUGCCAGUCAGAAAUGCAAGAGACAUGGCUAAGUUCUGAUUCUCCUGUGCUUGAGAAGAUUGUCAGAUCCAUUACCAUAUGCUAUAGAUUGUUAGAUAACGAUUUGAACUUUGGGCUCUUGAGGGAGUCAGUUGAUAUCCCUCUAGGUGAAGUAUACAAAGUUCUGCCAAUUGCAAAGGCAGUUGGAGACUGGUUUUAUGAUAGGAUUGCCUUCCAAAAGAUUGACUGUCCUUACCUUUGUGACUCAACAUGUCACAGCCGCAUCUUUGAAGACAAUUCGGAAGCAUAG